AUGCCCGAACACGAUGCGCUGGUCUUCGAAUACUCUCAUUUGAAGAGGUUAUCUCGGGAGAACGAGGCUCUUCAUGCUCUCAAAAAGAUUGCGUCUCUUGUUAAACCUAUUAUGAGAGCGCGGAACUGGAAAGUAGGCGUGUUGGCCGAGUUCUACCCCGACCAACAAAAUCUACUAGGAAUCAAUGAAAACAGAGGCCAAAAAAUAUGUCUACGAUUACGAUACCCUGGGGAUGUUAACCAGUUCCUCCCCCUCGAACAAGUUGUCGACACCAUGCUUCACGAACUCUCACACAAUGUCCAUGGCCCCCACCAUGCCGAAUUUCACGCUCUAUGGGACCAGCUGAGAAAAGAGUACGAGGCUUUGCUCUCCAAAGGCUACACAGGGGAGGGCUUCUUGUCAGAAGGGCAUGCGCUUGGAGGCAGACGGCUGCCAAUGCACGAAGCGAGGCGUCUUGCUCGUGCAGCUGCAGAAAAGAGGGCUGUCCUAUCCAAGGGUUCUGGUCAGAGACUAGGUGGCCGACCAGUCAGAGUCGGUACCGAUAUUCGAGAGGUUAUCGUCAAUGCUAUUGAGCGGCGGAAUACUGUGUUGAAGGGCUGCGGUUCUGGGAAUAAGAAUGACAACGAGAUCAAGGAUCUAGCCGAUGAAGCCACGCAAAAUGGGUUCAAGACCAAGGCUGAAGAGGAUGAGGCGAACGAUCGAGCGGUUGCACAGGCCGUUUGGGAGCUCGUUCAGGAGGACCAGGAGAAGGAGUAUGGAAAUUCGUACAUACCCUCCACUCCAGGAAAUCCGACAGGGAAUGGCGGUGGUAGCGUUGGCCCAUCAAAUGCUGUAAAGGCGGGGCCGUCUUCUCUCCCCCCUAAACAAAGGCCGACUCCUGCAAGACAACCACUGAAGCAUGUCAGUCGUUUAGUCGCCGAACCCGAGGCAAAAAAGUCGAAGAAGAUACCCCAAGGGAAUUCUUCUGUUCCUUCUGCCCCUCCUCCAGUUUUGAUUUCGGCUCUAGACCCUCCCGAGCUUGCUUCGUUGCUUACUGGGUGGACAUGCGACGUCUGUACCCUGCACAACCCACUGAACUUUCUCUGUUGCGAUGCAUGUACAACGGAGCGGCCCCCAGAAAUCACGAAGAGAAUAGCGGAGGAUGAGCGGAAGAAGGUUAAAACCGUGAAACUAGCAGGGUCGAAGCCGGCAACCUGGACUUGUACGAGGUGUACCACGGCUAUGGAAGAUAAGUGGUGGACUUGUAGUACAUGUGGCACGAUGAAGGCGAGCUCAUGA